GCUAAAAUUGUCAAUCAUUUCCCGCAUCGAAAUGCAAAAAAUAUACGUCUCUCUGUUUUCCUGCUGCAAAAACCUCAACAACAUCAGCAGUGCUGUCAUCUCCCGUUAUGAUUGUUUAUGUUUCGUACUCGUGGAAGCUGCUUGUGAGGAAUUUCGUGGUCGGUCGUCGAAAAAAAUCUUUUAUUCUUGAUUCUGUUGUGCUCUGUGCCUUUAGUAUAAAGUAGGAUAAUUUUGUGCAAAAUGACGAGUAACAACAAACCGAAAAAGGUUGAUUUCAAAAAGACGAAAAGGAAACCGCUGCUUGAUGCUCCACCCAAGCAAAACGGUUGGAAAACCGUGGCAGUGUCGUUUACCGGCUUGACCGUUCUUGGAGUCGUGGCUGCGAUCACCUACCAGGGCUAUCUGGAAACCAGAGUUUCGACACCGUUCAGCCAAAAUAAGCUCGUGUCGAAUGACGUCGAUAGCAACAUGCUAUGGGGAUCGUACCGUCCGGGUGUCUAUUUCGGAUUGAAAUCAAGAGAAGAACACCCACUUGUAACCGGUUUGAUGUGGUACCUCCCAAGUCAGCUCAGAUCCCUGUCGGAUAUCAGACAUUCCUGUGAAAUCGGUGAUAAUUUGAGAAAGUACGGCUGGACGCACCACGAUGGACGGAACUUUGGCAUUCAGGAAAUCGUGGACGGAUCUAUUUCGCUUCAAACUUCGUUCGUGAAGUCCACCCCCUCCAGUUGGACCGCCAAGGUGGACGUAAAGCAGAGAAAAUCCACGCAAAUCAAAACCAGUGUUUCCCUGAUAUGGUACGUGGCCUUCGAAUCCGUUGAUGACGGGUUUUUAAAUGUGUCGACGGCUGGAGACCACCCGCAAAUAGAUGCCAUGUCGUUUUCCUUGGGCGGAAUGGAAAUCAAGUUUUUGAACAAUAAUGUUAGUGUAUCUACUGACGUUUCUACAACGUGCACAUUCUCCAACAGUAUCGAUAAGGUCAAAGAGGCCAUCGUCGAAACGUUUGCCUAUAAGAAAGACGGCGAAAGUGUGAAAUACUAUUUAAACAGCAAAGGUGAACAGGCUCCGUGCAACUUGGCCGCCAUCAUGGUAACAUUCGAAGCCCCCGGAUCAUUCCUCAUCAUCAUGGACAAUGCUAGCAAGUCAUCCGUUAGUUUCGAAUCGUCUCCACAGCAGCAUUUCCAGAAAAACCUCAACGGUCAUAAGGACAAAUUCACCGCAAAGUUCAAUUCCAUCUUCAACUUGGAAGCCAAAGGAUUCACGCCCGGAGAAGUCACCUUUGCAAAAUCGAUCAUGAGCAACUUGAUAGGCGGAAUAGGGUACUUCUACGGAGCGUCCAAGGUACAGAGCGAGUAUAACGAACAUCCUAUUAACUAUUGGAAGGCUCCACUUUACACGGCCGUUCCCUCACGGUCGUUCUUCCCCAGGGGGUUCUUGUGGGACGAAGGGUUUCAUGGUUUGUUGGUAUCCACAUGGGACAUUGAUAUAGCGUUGGAUAUAAUGACACAUUGGUUUGAUCUCAUGAACAUUGACGGGUGGAUUCCUCGGGAACAAAUUCUUGGUAGCGAAGCAUUGGCCAAAGUCCCAGCCGAAUUUGUGGUACAGCGUAGCAUUAAUGCGAAUCCGCCUACCUUUUUCCUGACGCUUAGACAUUUGCUGAACAACUACGAAGAUCAGCUUAGAACGCCUAUGCGCCAAGAAAUUCUGAAGAAACUGUUUCCACGAUUGCAGACAUGGUUUGGGUGGUUCAACAAAACGCAAACAGGUGAAGUAGGAGGCAGCUAUCGCUGGAAGGGACGGUCGAUAACGCCACAAGAAAUCAAUCCGAAGACAUUAACCUCAGGUUUAGACGAUUACCCAAGGGCAUCACAUCCUGACAACCACGAGAGACACGUUGAUUUACUUUGUUGGAUGCAAUUGGCAUCUCAUGUGAUGAGUGAUUUGGCCAAAUUCUUAGGUAGGGAUGAUACGAAAUACUUCGAUACAUACAAGUACUUAUCCAGCAUUGAGCGUUUGAAUGCGCUUCAUUUGUCACCCAAAACGAACACGUAUGCCGACUUUGGGCUACACACAGAUAAAGUAAGGCUCAAAUUAGUCGAAACUCAAACUGAAAGCAAGUGGAUACGUGACGUCAUGCAAAAUCCAAAGUAUCAACUAGUAGACAACGUUUUCGGUUACAUUAGUCUAUUCCCCUUUUUAUUGAAAUUACUGCCAGCCGAUUCCUUGCCUCUCAAAACAACUUUAGAUAAUCUAAGGGAUCCCGAACUUGUGUGGACCGAAUACGGGAUAAGAUCGUUGUCGAAGAAGUCUAUUCUCUACAUGAAGCACAACACAGAGCAUGACCCACCCUACUGGAGAGGCCAGAUAUGGAUAAAUAUCAACUACUUGAUAUUGAGUGCUCUCAACCAUUACAAAAACGAAUCUGGACCUCGCAAAGCAUUAGCGCAGGAAAUUUACACCGAAUUGCGGAAGAACAUUAUCGCCAACAUGUACAGCCAGUACCAAAGAACGGGAUAUGUGUGGGAAAACUACAAGGACGACACUGGGGAGGGUAAGGGUUGCUAUCCUUUUACCGGGUGGAGUGCACUCGUUGUGAUGAUUAUGGCUGAAAUAUAUUAGAACUGUUGUUUGAAAUUA